AUGGUUCAACCAGGAUCGGCUGUACCAGGGACUACGUGCUUUGAAAAGGAAAAGGAAUGUUCUAAUUAUGGAAACUCACAUGCGGAAAUUUCCAGCGCCUAUUCUGGAAGUGUCAAGGACAAGUUAAAGAAGUUUGAAGGAAUGAAUCGCCAAGGAAACCCACAGCCACUUGGAAGAAGGACACUUCUCAACCAGAAAGACCAAGAAAUCCGUCCACGAAUUUUGGCAUUGGCUUCCGAAAAUAAGGUGGGCGACUCUGUCAGAGACCAGGUACGCGAACUUGAGAGUGUACUACGGCACCGUGAGGAGUUGAUUCGUUCAUUGGAAGGAACCGUCGCUCAAAAAGAAUCGGAACUAUCGUUUGUACUUAAAGAAAAGUUUGAACUAUCAAAAGUAGUUGUCGCAUCGCGUUCUGCCUCUCUGUCAUGUGCUCCCUCUUAUAUCGGCGCACAGCGUGUUAGCUCGGCAGAAACCUCAGCAGAGAGUUUUGAUGAUUCUGCGGAAUCCCCCGGCGGUUGCACGGCUGUGGAUCCCAAUGCCAAGCCUUCAAGUUUCUCAUUACAGCUUACUGACCUUGGCGAUGCCCACGUGGAAGAAGGGCUCUCCAAAGAGCAUUUCGGCACAUGUGGGCUGGCUGAGGGGAGGCAAGGGGGCCACAGUACUUCUACAGAAGGGCGUAGUUGCGAGACACCUGACGGUUCCGAAACUAAGGACUUGGAGCCGCACGAUAAGGAUGGCCAGAGUUCAUGUAGAAAAAUUCAUGAUUUAAAGGUGUUGCACUGGCAAGAAAAUGAAGAUCCUGUCCAUGCAGGAGGAUGCCGACUGCGACCCGCACUUCAUACAGAAUCUCGUUCGGAUGAUCUUGAAAAUGCAGCUGUUUCUGAAGAGGUAGAUGACAAAUUUUUAACCCCAUCUCAUUCAAAGCAAAUUAUCAGUCAAGCAGAACAUGCGAAUCCUAUAAAGCCUGAUCCACACUCUGCAACUAGUACAUGCACGCCAACUGCACAGAGCAGAAGUGAAUCACCUUCAGCCGCGCGUUCUAAACCGCUACUUGCAGACGCAUUAAAGUAUUUAAGCUCAAACAGGUGGCGACUAGAUUCGAAGAGCAAACGGCCAGCUGGUGCUGGUAAGCCCACGUGUGUGACGCGUUCCGAAGAUAGUCUUGUAAGAGAAUUAGCCGUUCAAAAUGAUGAUUUUCCAACAGCAAAGGGCUCAAGUGCCCUUUGGCCAGAUAUUGAGGAUACGGUUGCUAACGCUGAAGAAGAUGUUGAUGGUGGCAUGGAAGCCUCCGACCCCGCCAGCAUGCAUAGUGGGACGAGAUUCCAAGCCGAGUUAUUUUUCAAGGCCCUCAUGGUCCAAACCCAGGCAAGGAUUGAUGCGGAAGCGGAGACUUCUGAUGUCCUUGCCAUGCACGACGAACUGUCGUCCAAGAUAGACGCUCUUCAGAAUGCGUUUGAAGAGAUUUGCCAGGAGCUUGACGCCGUCAGAAAAGAAAACAGAGCCCUUAACCGGUGGGUGGGAACUCAGGAAGAAAACUUAUGUAGAGAACAGGGUAUUUCUGCUGUGACCGCCGCACUUCAGAACGGCAAGCUCCAGUGCAGAAGCCCCGAGCAGCUCAACGACUGCACAAUGGAACAGUUGAAAGCAGCUAUAAACAGCUUGGAACAGAAGCUCCAUGAAGCACAAAUGGAUCGCCAAAGGCUGGAAGAAAGCAAAUGUAAAACGGACGCCGCCCUUGCGGCCACACAGGAAGAGCUAAAAGAGACGAAAAUGCAGCUCACCUCUCUCGAGAAGCAGUGCAAACUUUUGCAGGAUAUUGACAAACGUACAUGGCGUGCGCUAGAGAUGCUAAUCCUAGCUAAAGACACAGGAGAUGGAAUAUCGGAUAACAACAUCUAG